UAUGCACAUAGAUUUAGUGCAAAUUCUCUUUUAAGAAGGCCUCCUCAAGAAGACUCCAUUUCACAUAUCUUUUCCAAGUGUUUCAAUAAGAUCAAGAAGAAUUAACAAAGAGGAGAGAAUUGUGUUGUGUUGAUUUUCAUCCAUAUACUUGCAAGUUGCAGUUGUUGUGUCUUGAGAUUGGUGAAUACGCAAUGGCUGAUCGAGUACACCCUAUGGAUAUAGCAUCAACGUCGAGCAAUCCACCAUCGUCAAACAACUCCGGGGAAGUAAUAGGUUCACCUAGAAAGCCAUCAUAUCCAUCUCCGGCGAAACCGGUGCCACCACCACCACCCGGAACUUACGUAGUACAAGUUCCAAAGGAUCAAAUUUACAAGUAUCCUCCACCGGAAAAUUCUCGCAGAUAUGAAUCUCUCACUAAACGGAAACCUCGCCGGAGUUGCUGUUGCCGUUGUCUUUGCUUCACUUUUUCCGUUAUCCUUAUCCUCAUUAUAUCAUUGGGAAUCACUGCUGGCGUUCUAUACCUUGUGUACCGCCCUGAAGCACCAAAGUACAACAUUUCAAGCAUGACUAUUAAGAAUUUCAACGUAACGGCAUCAUCUACUAUCUCGCCAGAGUUUAACAUCUCCGUUAGAGCUGAAAAUCCCAACAACAAGCUCGGAAUUUACUACCGGAAAGGAAGCUCCGUUACGGUGAUCUAUUCCGAUGUUGACCUCUCCACCGGCAUAUUACCGGCGUUUUAUCAGCAGGCUAACAAUGUAACGGUUUUUCAAACGGUGUUAAAAGGUUCGAAUGUUAUGCUUGGAAGCACCGUUAAGUCGACGUUAAGGAAUGAAGUGAGGAAAGGGAAAGUGCCGUUUAGAGUGAAUAUUAAAGCACCCGUUAAGAUUAAGAUUGGGGGCAUUACGACUUGGGAAAUCACAGUUAAAGUUAACUGUGAUGUAACGGUGGAUGCCUUGACUGUUAAGUCUAAACUGGUUUCUAAAGACUGUGAUUAUAGUGUGAGGCUUUGGUAGAGGGUUUUGAGACAUUUUUAAUAUUUGAUUUUAUUUAUUAUAUAUACUCAACACAUGUAGAAAGUAUAUUAUACUUUUUCUCUUUUGCUUGAGAAAAAUGGUUGUAUUUUAUAGAAUGAAAAAUGUUAGUGAAUUCAUUUAGAGAAGUUGAAUAACAAAUAACUUUGA